AUGAAUUCAUACAACAAUAAUUUAUAAAAACUACCUUUUUCAAUUUUAGAUGAUUAUAAUAAUAAUAAAAGAUUAGGUUUAAAAAACAAUUUUAGUUUAGGCUCAGAAAUUUUAUGUGCUAAAUUUGAUAAAGAUGAUUCUUUAAUAGCAGCUGGUUGUUUAGAUGGAACUCUUUAAAUUUAUCAUUUAUAAACAGGUCUUUUAAAAAAUAAAUUUUAAACAAAUUAACCUGGAUAAUCCUCAAAUCCUGUUACUUGUUUGAGAUGGAGACCUUCUUAAAUAAAUGGAAUUGUUAAAAAUUUAAUAACAACAGGAGAUGUUAAUGGAAAUAUAGUAUAGUGGCAUGCAUCAUCAGGAAAAGAAUUAGAAAGAAUUAUUGAACCAGAAAACUAAAUAUUAUGCCUUGAUUAUGAUAAAAAUGGUAAUUAUUUAGCUACAGCUGGUAAAGAUUGCAUAGAAAAUGGGGCUUACCUUUUCUCUGCUUAGUUUUCUAAAAAUAAUAACGAUUCUAUACUUGUUGGAGGAUCUGGUAAAAAUGAGGCUAAAUUGUUUGAAAGUUAAGAUAAUUUUGAAACUUUGGGAAGUGUAAGUAAUUUUAAUAAAGGAAUAUUUACUGUAGAUUAUGCAAACACUUCUAAUAAAUUUCUUUUGGGAGGAGGAGAUGGGUAUUUAGUGGUUGUUUCUUAGGUUUUAAAAUGA